AUGGUUGAAGAGAAGACUGGAAUAGCGUCUGAGAAGGAAAAUACUGGAACGAAAAAAGGUAUGGAUGCCAAGGAGAAUGAAAAGGAAGAGAAAAAAGAAAAGGAUGAAAUGACUGAGGAAGAUAUUAAGCUGAAAGAAGAUUUAGAAAUGUUGCUGCAACGUUUAAUUGAGGCGGAUAUUUCGUUGUAUCAACCCACACUUGAGACAAUGCGAAGCAUCAUUCGUGCUUCAACAACUUCCAUGACAUCGGUGCCGAAGCCGUUGAAAUUUAUGCGUCCGCAUUAUGCUACAAUGAAAGAAAUCCAUAAGAAGAUGGCGGAAGGGCCUACAAAAAAGCUUUGUGCGGACAUAAUAUCAGUGUUGGCGAUGACUUCAGAUGACAGAAAUGACUGUAUCAAUUAUCGCAUGAUGGGAAAACAUGAACCAGUCGGUGAUUGGGGGCAUGAAUAUGUGAGGCACUUAGCGAUGGAAAUGGCGGAGGAGUGGCGUUCUUAUGGUGAUGGUACCGAUACUCAUAAAAAGCGUCGGGAACAGUUAUUGACGCUGACUCGAGAAAUUGUGCUGCAUAAUAUGAAACAUAAUGCAGAAGUUGAAGCGUGUGAUUUACUGAUUGAAAUUGAAAGACUUGAUCUGCUAUCUGAAUAUGUCGAAGAAGUUGAUCAUGGUCGGGUUUGCUUAUAUUUGCUAAGUUGCUCGCCACUAAUGCCAGAUCCGGAUAAUGAGAUUUUAAUCAAAACGGCGAUGAAUAUCUACCGCAAAUUCGGCAAGAAUUUCGAUGCUUUGAGGUGUGCUAUUAUGUUAAAUACUGUCCCAACAAUGCGCGAAAUAGUCCUUAGCACAAAAGAUGUACUGGAACAAAAGCAGAUGGCUAUCUUGUUGGGCCGGCAUCAGAUUUUUCUUGAUCUAGAAGGUGUUGAAAAUGGUGAAAAGUUGAUAGAAUUAAAUUCAAAUGCUAAUCUGCAUACGUACUUUCACUCACUGGCCCGAGAGCUUGACAUUAUGGAGCCGAAAACCCCGGAAGGAAUCUAUAAAAGCCAUUUAGAACAAAGUCGACCGUUCGCUGGUUCAUCCGCAUCAGAUAGUGUGCGAUCAAAUUUGGCGGCAGCAUUUGUUAACGGAUUUGUGAAUACUGGCUUUGGAGUCGAUAAAAUGAUGACAGAAGCAGAAGAUGCAAGUCGUUGGUUCUAUAAAAAUAAAGAAUAUGGAAUGCUGUCAGCAGCUGCAAGUCAAGGAUUAGUUUGGCGAUGGGACAUCGAUACUGGUUUGGCACAAUGCGAUCGGUUCCUUUAUGUUAAUGAUGAUUUUAUUAAGGCGGGUACUCUUAUAGCAAUAGGAAUCAUAUCCUCAGGCAUCCAAGAUACUUGUGAUCCAGCAGCUGCUCUACUCAUGGAUCACAUAAAUAGUGACCGUACAGUUAUGCGAAUUGGCUCUAUUUUUGGCCUAGGUUUAGCAUAUGCAAAUUCGAAGAGGCUCGCAGUGUUGAAAAAAGAAGAUGGUGGAGUCGUAUUUGAGCUUAAAAAAUUGUUGUCAGAUGCAAAACCGUCUGCCACAUCAGAAGUAAAAGGAUUGGCGGCAUUAUCCAUAGGAUUCAUUUUGGUCGGUACUUGUGAUCAUAUAACAGCGUGCGAGUUAUUUAAUUAUCUAAAUGAAAAAACUGCAGUGGAACUGCAGGACUCUAAUUAUCGUUUCGUCGCUCUCGGAAUUGCUCUAAUUUUCCUCGGUGCUCAGCAAAAGAGUGAAGUAUUUGUUGAAAUGGUGCGAGCAUUGCCGGAUCCUUUCGGAACAAUGUUUUCAACUCUAAUUGAUGUAUGCGCUUAUGCCGGGACUGGAAAUGUAUUGAAAAUACAAAAGCUUCUCCAUAUCUGUUCUGAACAUUAUGAAACCAAAGAGACCAAGGAAGCGAAAAAAAAGACAAAUAAAGAAGACAAAAGUGAUACUAAAAAAGAAGGUGAUGCCUCGAGCGAAAAGCCGGAUUAUUCGACACAACAGGCGGUUGCUGUACUUGGUAUUGGUCUUAUCGCUAUGGGUGAAGAAAUUGGAGCACAGAUGAGCCUGAGGAUGUUCGGACAUUUGAUUCGUUACGGCGAACCAGUUAUCAGACGUGCAGUACCGCUGGCAUUGGCUUUAAUUAGUACUUCUAAUCCGCAACUUUCCAUUUUGGAAUCACUCUCAAAGUUUUCACAUGAUGCUGAUGUAGAAACAGCUCACAAUGCAAUCUUUGCGAUGGGUCUGGUAGGUGCUGGUACCAACAAUGCAAGGCUUGUUUCCAUGUUACGACAGCUUGCAAGUUAUCAUCACAAAGAUCAAGUAAGCUUAAUGUUGGUGCGUUUGGCUCAAGGUAUGACACAUAUGGGUAAAGGAACGAUGACCCUGAAUCCGUUCCAUUCUGAUCGUCAACUUAUGUGUCCUGCAGCAGUUGCUGGACUUCUCACUAUUUGUUACGCUUUCUUGGAAGCUAAUAGUUCUGUAUUGAACAAUCGACAGCAUUAUUUGCUGUAUUCGUUGACUUUGGCAAUGCAACCACGACUGUUGAUAACUCUGAUUGAAGAUGAGAUGAAUCCGGAGAAUUUGAAACAGGUAAAUGUGAGCGUUCGAGUGGGACAAGCUGUUGAUGUCGUUGCUCAGGCUGGAAAACCAAAAACAAUCACUGGUUUUCAGACUCACACAACACCAGUUUUGAUGGCUUACGGUGAAAGAGUUGAACUUGCUAAUGAAGAAUAUAUCUCAUUGACGCCAUAUCUGGAGGGUUUGGUAAUUCUCAAAAAGAAUCCUAUUUAUGAAGCUUCUAUCGCAGAAAUAAAGAAGUGA